AUGGACCCUGGUAGAGGAUAUAAGAGCAGGCGACACGGGGAGCAGCAAUCUUACAGCGAGGUCUGGGAUGACUGUUUUGAGUCAGACCCAACCAAAGACUUCUUUGGUUGUUUGGACAAAAAUGAGAAGAUCUUUCAGGCUCGGAUGAGAGAGAUUCUUGAAAAGUACAACAAACCAUUUGAAGAUGACGUGCUUGUGGAUAUUGAAAGCCUUGCAUACAUCACUCCAAAUAAAUCACUAUUUCAGGAUUCCAAUCUGAAAGCAAGUUCCACACAAAGAAAACAUCCAGGAAGAAAGGAGCAAAAGUGUGAAGCAGCAAUAAGUGUAUGCAGCGAGACAUUCCUCUGUGAUGAAGGUGAUAUAUACCAUGCUGAUAGCACCAACAACUCUCAACUAGAAAAGGAAUCAGAGGAUGCAGUCUGCAAUGAGACAUUUAUUAUUUCUGAUGAAAACUCGAGUGAAUGCCAUUUGGAAGACCCAAGUGACUCACAGCUGGUUGAAUUUAAGGGUUCAUCUCCUUUAAAGCAUCUUUCAGAAAUGAGGCACGGGAAGACAUAUGCUGCAAAUGUGGAUAUAAUUCUCCAGGCAAAUGAAACUUCAAUCCCUAGAGCGUUUACUGUUCAGUGCACAGAAGAAAAUUCAUUUUCUUUCAAAGUCUCUCCAAUGAAAUUUCGAAGACAGACUUGUGACCAUGGCAAUACAGCAGAUAUUUCUCAGGAAUACCUCGGUACCAGAACUGCACACUGUAAUGCGUCUCCUAUAAAAGUAUCGAUUUCCUCUCAUUUAAAAAGUUUUUUUGGAAGGCACCACAGAGAUGGGUCCACAGUGGUUGACCACCAUAGUUUGAAACAAAAAGAACCAGAUGAGUAUAACUUUGGAGAUGAUGAGGAUUCGGAUUCCUCAGACCCUUUAGAUGUAAGUCUGGCUGAUUACUACCCAAGUAUGAUUGUUUGCCUCAGUCGACUCAUGGAAAUCCCUUGCAAACAGCAAGCAGCUGCAAAUAUAAUUAAACACUAUAGACGUCGCAUUUGGUGUGCUAAUAAAAACAGACCUGAUAUCAAGAAAGCCAAGAAACAAAUUUGCAUAUCCGAUAAUGCCAAACUGUUUCCCAGCUUAAAACCCAAGUCAAAGAAAACAUCCAUCACAUUCUUAACUGAAACUAAUAAACCCAUUCCUUGCCAACAUAGAGAUUUUGAGGAAUCUGGCAUUAUAGAACAUAAAGAGAGAAGAGUACACGAUGGACAUUUUCAUGCCAUGUCAAGCCAAAAAGCUACAUUUCCAGUUUCAGAACAAAUGACAAACACAAUUUUACUUUCUAAAGAAAAGUACCUCCCGGACAAGCCUCUAAAGCGAGAAUUUGAAAAUGCCUCUUUGUCACCUAAAUAUGUUCUCCCAAAAUUUGUUCCUAUGGACAACAAACUCAUAAGGAAAUCUACAUCAAACCAAUAUUCUGUGGCUUUGCUGAAUCAGAGACAACUGAAAUAUGAUGGAUUUGUGCCAAAGAUCCAGGUUUCGCCAAAUAAACUUUUGACAAAAGUGCCUCAGAGAAGUGUUCCUGUGUUAGCAAGACGGCACUCUUUUUCAACAUUCCCUGACAAGAACCGAUCCAUGUACGAUGGUGCCUUUGAAACACUAUAUAGGAAACUGCUUUCAGAGGGUUCCCAUCAGAGGUCUUUACCCCCAAAUACCCAAUAUCCAUUAUCAGAUACAGUAAAUGCUCUUAUUAAUUCACCAAUAUUAAAUAAAGGUAAAAGGCCAGCAAGUGAAGAUCUGCCUUUUUCAAAGUUCAAGAGACACCGGAGUGCAACUGAAACUUUUGUGCUUGACAAUUCAAACCCAAAAAUGUAUGCCUUACCUUCUCAAAUGAGAAUUGUUGGAUCAGAUUUAUGGCAAGGCAGUUCUCAAAGGUGGAAUCCAAAAGAACACCAUGGCCAGCCAAUUCUCUCACUAUCACGGAGUCCAGGUUCAUUAUCUACCUGUCUGUAUAGAAAAAGUCCAAAAUAUCUAGAAACCUUCAGUCUGCCAUCUUCACCUGUACAAAGGACAAGUUUGAGGAAGUUGAACUACAAUUAA